AAUCAAUUCGCGGAUGAAUAUUGCUACAAACACGUCCUUUUAUAUCGACUGCAAAAGAGCCACAGUGGUCUUUUUAUCUCUAAACAUGUGGAAUGCUUAACGGGCAUGGAAUUCAUCAGCUGUUCAGAUCUUUUGAAAGCCAAGAAAACCCUCGCGUCGAGCGUUGAGUGAGUAACUUCUGGAUUUUGCUAAUGCUUUCGAACAAGAUGCAAACCCCAGCUCCAGCCACAUGCGAGUAAAGAAGGGCUCGGGUGUCUAUAUUGCUACAAUGAAAUCGCAUGAGAUUAUCCGUCGUUUGCGAAGAAUCAUACAGGGAGUCCCCAGGCGCCUAUUACUUUCGGUGAACUUUUUCUCUCAAUUCAAGAUUCCCUCCUGCUGCUGCAGCAUGCACCAUUUGCACCAUUUGGGAACCCACUUUCGCUUUUUGAUACGGUGUAGUUGCUGUGCCCCAUCUAUGAACACCCUACGCGUCUCACAACGGGACAAGGCGAUGUCUGUCCAGGAAAUGCUGUUUUCAACGUACUUGUUUGCAGCGAUCAGACUGCGUUGCAUCGCGUUCACAGACCUUUUCGCCAUGGCAUUUUUGCUUUUGUAUACGGCUGAGGAAAUGGUCCGAUUAACAGCAGAAGGUAUGUUAUGGCGCACCUAAGACCACGUAUAACACGACCUACGCAAAACGCUAGUUGUUAACCCCACAGCCGUAUCGCUCUUACCAAGGAAUCACAGCAGGGACGCGAUGUGACGGUUUGGAAAGACGCAAUGG